CAUCCUCCAUCCUCCAUCCAUCUCCCUUCUUCCCUUCCAUUAAUACAACACUUAGUUUCGACCGACCCUUUUGAAGGUAUAAACUCCUUAAUAACCAAGGGAAUUUGCUCGAAUUUGUACAUUAACGCCAGAAACUGUGGUAACCACCCAGGUGCUUCUUUUUUUCUCUUUUUAUUCAUCAUAUACUAUUUCUAAGCUCUUCGGUCUAAUCUCAUCAACUUAAUUCUUUUUUUUCCCCACUGAGGUCAUCAUUUAUAAGUGUGAAAUAAUAAUCUUACUUCAUUAAUCAGUUCAAUGAUACGUUAAGGUCACACUCGAUAAGUCGAGACGGUGUAAUCGCCAUCCUACUGUCCAGCGCAUGCAAGAGAGCAAUCAUGUUGGGUCAAUGCAGUGGGCCUAGUUGGCAAAUCGAUGAUUUCACAAACUGCAUUCAGAGAGAGUAAGCUAAACCAAUUUACCAGCAGCUGUGGGUAAAACUGACUGCAUGAAGUUAUCUCAAAGUACUUUUCCCAUUAAUAGUCAUCGGUCUCUCGUUCCUCAAUCUAACAAUAUCUGCAAUUCGCCGGAAAGUCAAGUUAAAACAGAAACAUAAGUAUCGACAGCUUCGAAAUGGCUCAAUCGACCAUACAACGAUAGGCAGCAAUGGAUUCAGUCAGGAUAAUGGGGAGGCAAUCGUGAACGGGGGCGAUCACACCGCUAUCGAGGAGGAUGAUGAGGGCUUGACGAUGAGUGGCGGUGGGCGGUUGGUAUUGACCAAAACGACUACCCAAGGCUCGGUUGCCGCGAUCGAUAGUCCCAGAGCACAAAAUACUUCGACGGUCAUCGAACUCCUCGCGAUCACGGCAGAGAUAGGUAUUCAAAUCGCAGUUUUUGUGCUUGGUGCAUAUGGUUCAAAGGGCGCUGUGGCCGCUGUUGUUGGAAUCCUCACAUGGACUUAUAUUUUAAUACUUGCAGGUUUGAGAUUUGCCUUCUCCAAUACGCGGUGGAGGGUCCCGAGGAUUUGGAAUCAUACGGCUGCUUUAUACACUGCCCAAUGGCUCUUCUUGCUGGUCAUUUUCCGCUCCGCGAUCAUUCAUCCACGCUCGAGGGUCAGUCAGACACUUAUCAUCACAGACUUCGUACUCUGUUCGCUUCUUUUCGGAAUCGCAAUAACUACACGCAAGGGCAAUAAAGCUGUGGUCUUGGAGUGGGAGGGUGAUAUUGAACCUUCGAGAGAACCAUUGGCCAGCUUGUUCUCCAUUGCUACCUUCGGAUGGGUGGAUGCCAUUGUAUGGCAUGGCUAUGUCAACACCUUUGAGAUUGCAGAUGUCUGGAACCUUAUGCCAAAAGAUAAGGCGGCAUCCGUCUUAGCCGAUUAUAGACAGCUCAAAAAAACUACGGCUUUGACAUGGCAUUUGAUGCACUAUUUCAAAGGUCUACUUACUGUACAGUGCGCUUAUGCUGUCUUUUCUGGACUUUUCAAUUUUGCGCCUACAUUGUUGUUGAAAGCUAUUCUUGAAUACAUAGAAGAUCCAGAAUCGGCGCCUCGCAAUGUCAUUUGGCUAUACGUCAUUCUUCUUGCUUUCACAGAUAUUCUUCGUUCGCUAGCUGAUCAACAAGCACUCUGGAUUGGCCGCAAGAUCUGUAUAAGACUAAGAGCAAUUAUCAUUGGUGAAAUCUACGCUAAAGCAUUGAGAAGAAAGGCUGCAUCAGGGAGUGAUUCUGUCCUUGGAGCAAAGAAAGGGCCUAAGAAUGCAGAGAAGCCCAGCUUAUGGCGACGAGUAUUGGGAAAGAAGAUGGAUGAGCAAGCUCCCAACGAUGCGCAGGCUCAGCCAGACGCUGCAGCUGAGAUUGGAAAGAAAACAGAUGAGCAAGCUAAUGUUGGUACCAUUAUAAAUCUCAUGUCUGUUGAUUCCUUCAAAGUCAGCGAGGUCACUGCGUAUCUUCACUUCCUCUUUGCUGCUGCUCCAACUCAAUUGAUUGUAGCUAUCUACCUUCUUUAUCGUAUCCUUGGAAAAAGUAGUAUUCCAGGUCUCAUUGUCAUGGCCAUUCUCCUCCCUGUGAAUAUUGGAUUUGCUCGUGGCUUUGGAGCUGCGCAAAAGAAAAUCAUGGCUGCUACCGAUAAAAGAAUCCACACAACUAAUGAGGUAUUGGAAAACAUUCGUGUAAUCAAAUACUUCGCCUGGGAAAAGCGCUUCACUGAUAUUGUGAAUGAUAAACGAGCUCAUGAGUUGAAAGCACUACGCCUGAAGUAUAUCAUCUGGGCUUUCGCUGUUGCGGUAUGGAACACGGUUCCUGUUGUUAUUACUUUCUUUUCAUUCCUCUACUAUACCGUUGGAGAGAAGAAACCACUGUAUCCUUCCAUCGCAUUCACAGCUAUCUCACUUUUUAACAUCCUUCGUGUUCCUCUAGAUCAAUUGGGUGACAUGAUAGCUCAUGUUCAGGAAAGUCAAGUAUCGAUUAAUCGAGUGGAGGAAUUUUUGAAUGAAGACGAGACAGAAAAGUACGAUCAGCUCUCACACGACAACUUGGAUGAAGAUGGCAAUCAAAUGAUUGGAUUUAAGGAUGCUACUUUAUCCUGGGGUGGCAAGGAGACGUCCACGGACGAUACCUCGGCCUCAUUCCGAAUGAUAGAUUUGAAUGUCAGAUUCGAAAUUGGUCAUCUGAAUAUCGUUGCUGGACCUACUGGAUCUGGAAAGACUUCUCUUUUGAUGGCACUUCUCGGUGAGAUGGCACUAAUUAAAGGAAAGGUGUUCCUGCCUGGCGCUUUCAGUCGUGAAGACGUUCAACCUGAUCCUGAAACUGGUCUUACUGAGACCGUUGCCUACUGCGCGCAGCAACCUUGGCUCGUAAAUGCGAAUAUCAAGGAAAAUAUCUUGUUUGCUGCUUCGAUGGAUGAAAAAAGAUACAAAGAUGUAAUCGUCGCUUGCGCUUUGGAACGUGAUCUAGAGAUUCUGGAUGAUGGCGAUGAGACACUGGUGGGUGAAAAGGGCAUCAGUCUUUCAGGUGGUCAAAAACAGCGUAUCUCUCUUGCGAGGGCUCUUUACUCAAACUCAAAGCAUGUACUCCUUGAUGAUUGUUUGAGCGCUGUAGAUUCACAUACUGCCAAGUGGAUAUUCGACAAUUGUAUUCGAGGACCUCUGAUGCUUGAGCGUACAUGCAUCUUAGUCACACACAAUCUAUCUCUUUGUGUUCCUCAUUCUCAAUAUGUUGUUUGCCUCGAAAACGGUAAAAUCACGGAACAAGGAUCGGCGGAAAAGGUUAUGGCUUCAGGGAAGUUAGGUGAGGAAAUCAGUAAAUCGCUUCCUGCUUCCGCUCCACAUUCACAGAUUCCAUCUCGAGUUCCAUCUAGCGUUGGUGAUGAGAGUAACGAAACUCUUAUUGAAGACCAGCCCGCAGACGAUAAGCUGGAUGGUGCAAAUGGAAAAUCAAAGGGAAAGAAAUCCAAGGGAAAGAAAGAUGCUAUGGCCGAAACAAAGGCAGUAGGAGGUGUCAAAUGGAGAGUUCUUAUGUUGUACCUGAAAGCCAUGGGGCCUUGGUGGUUUUGGGUACUCGCUGUAAUGGUCUUUGGCGUUCAACAAGUUGGUGCUCUUGCAGCCAACGUAUGGAUUAGACAGUGGGCAAAUCAGUAAGUUACUAUAUGUAUUGAUUGGUGUUGUCAACUACAAUAUUUUGCUAACGGUUUAAAACUACAGAUAUGAUGUCGAAGAUGUCCGUUCCAAAUACCACCUAUCAGCGAAUUCCUACAUUGGUAAUACCAUCUCAACAGUUCAAGUCGCGAGCUCAAAGUUAUCUCAAAUUCAACCAUAUUUCGAUCCCAACAAGACUUCAAUUGUCGCAAAAUUGGCUCCGGAAGUUGAUGUUGGCUUCUAUCUCGGAAUUUAUGCUAUGAUUGGUAUCGCAUGCAUGUUAAUUGCUCUUUUCAGAGAUUUCUGGCUCUUCUUUGGUUCUCUUACUGCAAGCUGGAGAAUCCAUAAGGAUUUGAUGAACGCUGUUACCCGAGCAAAAUUUAAGUUCUUUGACUCAACUCCUUUAGGUCAACUUAUGAAUCGAUUUAGUAAGGAUUUGGAAGCUGUGGAUCAAGAAGUAGCACCUAUCGCCAUUGGUGUCAUGUCAUGUGCUUUGGCGAUUGUAGUUACGGUAGCUUUGAUCACUGCUAUCACCCCAGGAUUUUUGAUUGCCGGUGUGUUCAUAAGCGCCAUGUAUUUCUUCGUUGGCAAAUUCUACCUCCGAUCAUCCAGAGAUUUGAAGAGAAUCGAAUCGAUACAAAGAAGUCCACUGUUUCAGCAAUUUGGAGAGACCCUCAAUGGUAUCACUACUAUCCGGGCUUAUGGUGACGAAAAACGAUUUGUUCGAGACAAUAUGCUACGAAUCAAUACCCAUAGUCGACCAUUUAUCUAUCUAUGGGCAGCAAAUCGAUGGUUAUCAUUCAGAAUUGAUUUGGUUGGUGACCUCGUUGCAUUUUUUGCAGGAGCAUUCAUUGUCAGUAGUAUUGGAACUAUUGAUGCUGGUUCUGCUGGUCUCUCUUUAAGUUACGCUAUCAGUUUCACGGAGAAUGUUCUCUGGUUGGUACGAUUAUAUUCGAUGAAUGAACAGAACAUGAACUCUGUUGAGCGAAUCAAGGAGUAUCUGGAUGUUGAACAAGAAGCAGCGGCUUACAUUGAAGAAACAGAGCCUGCUAAAAACUGGCCGAGUCAAGGAUCUGUGGAAUUCAUCAACUAUACUACAAGAUAUAGGGCAGAUUUGGAUCCUGUAUUAAGAAAUGUUAGUUUUAAAAUACGACCUUUGGAAAAGGUUGGUAUUGUUGGCCGUACCGGUGCAGGGAAAAGUUCUCUUGCUCUUGCCUUAUUCCGUGGUCUUGAGGCUGAGGAAGGAAAAAUCUUGAUUGAUGAAGUAGACGUUGGUCUUAUUGGCCUUCGUGAUCUUCGCGAGAGAAUAACUAUUGUACCACAAGACCCUACCCUAUUUACUGGCACCAUUCGGAGCAAUUUGGACCCUUUCAGCCUCUUUACGGAUGAAGAAAUAUUUACAGCUUUACGAAGAGUUCAUCUGAUUGGACCAGCAGGUACUGCAUCAACAGCUCCUUCUACACCUGAUGUCUCACGACCACCAUCGAUUGAAUCAUCACCAGGCUCUACUACCACCAAUAAAAACAUCUUUCUAAACCUCAAUUCCACUGUUACGGAAUCCGGAAACAAUCUCUCCCAAGGUCAACGACAACUUCUAUGUCUCGCUCGAGCUAUGCUCAAGCAACCAAAAGUACUAAUGAUGGACGAAGCAACCGCCUCCAUUGACUAUACCACCGACUCUAAAAUUCAAGAAACGAUUCGGGAACUUAAGAGUACCAUCAUCACAAUUGCUCAUCGUUUACAAACAAUUGUGGAUUAUGACAAGGUGUUAGUAUUAGAUAAAGGAGAAGUGGUAGAAUACGCUCAUCCUUAUGAAUUAUUAAGGAAAGAGGGAAAGGAUGCGAUAUUUAGGGGUAUGUGUGAGACGAGUGGAGAUUUUGAUGGAUUGAUGGAAGCAGCUAAAAAGGCUUGGGAGGGAGUGAGGUUGGUUGAUGAUGAGUAGAGUGUUGAUGGGGUGUCGUAUAGUAUAGUAUACUCGGAAGCUAUACUUCAAAAAGUUUUCUUUCUGUCAAGCAUGCUGCAUUGGGGGUUCUUUCUUGUAAAUGGUUUUUUUGGAUUGGUUACUCGUCGAUGCAUAUGGGUGGAUGGCAGCUAGUCUGUGCUUGUGAAUAGAUAGAUAGGAAGCUGUGCUGUAGUUGAGCUUUGGUGGUACAUAAAAGAGAUGCGAAUAA